AUGUAUGAUGGGAAAGAGGAUCCGGACAAUCAUUUGAAGCUAUUCAAUGGACUAAUCCGGAUGCAAAGGUGGAACAUUCCAAUAGCAUGUCAUAUGUUUGCACUCACUUUGAAAGACUUGGCGAGAGUUUGGCUAGACUCUCAGCCGGAAGGAAGCAUCGUCAACUUUGAAGACCUAAAAACCAAAUUUCGCUCACACUUCAACCAGCAAAGAAAAUAUAAGAAAAUGCAUUUGGAAGCUCAUAAUAUCAAGAGAAGAGAUAAUGAGUCCAUCCGACAAUUUAUAACCCGCUAUACGGAUGAAACGACAUUAAUGAAGGGUCUUAGUGAAAACCAAAAGAUAUUAGGUUUUGUCCAUGGGUUACGCUUCCAACCUCUGGUGGAGUUUCUCUCCACAGAUUUACCACAAGAGUAUAAAGUGUUGAUGGACAAAACUUAUACCUUCUUGGUAGGAAAAGAAACCGCAGGCGGAGUUACAAGUCCAGGCUACGGAAAAGACCUCGACAGAAAUAGAAAGAAUCAUAAUUUCCGUCACGAAAGGUUCCGAACGGGGCCGUUCAACAGGUCGCAGGGAGGAGCGUCCAGAAGUAACCAAAAUGCUCACCCCCUAAGAAAUACUCGCGAUAUAUUGGCGGCCGAGAAAGCACCAAUUAGAGGUAAUCUCCGGGGAAAGGACAUGUCCAAAUUUUGUGAGUUCUACAACCGCUAUGGCCAUGAAACGAAUGAAUGCAAAGUUUUUAAACACAAAGUUGAAGAAGCCAUGAAGACUGGAAAAUACUCGACGCUGUUAAAAGGUAUCAAAGAACCGCGCCAAAGCAAAACAAUGGGAAAAAUCUUAUGA